AAUUCAAUCUUUAAUGAAUCGCAUCUACUAUUUAUUGUCGCUUUUAAUUUUUCUAAACACUAUAAACUCUCUUUAUCAAUGGGAAAAUCGGAUUUUAAAAUGUGAAAACGCCAACUGCUCUCUUCAAAAAACCGGCGAAGAAUUUAAACCUGCAGUUUGUGAGAAAGAUUCUAACGGAAAAAUCGCAUGUGAUAUAGAAUGUGAUAAAGCUGAUCGUGACAGUGUUAUCUCAAAAAGGCCCACCGAUUAUCGAUAUUGCAAUAGGUUUUACACAUACAAUGCUGAAAAGACUUCCGAUGGAAAAUAUGUGAUUUGGAGAAGUGGAAAAUGUGCUGAAGCAAAUAUUACUUUAUCUGUUCAUUGUGCUUUUGCGGUGUAUAUGGUCUGAAAUAAAUAAUUUUUCUGGA